AUGAUGCCACAUAUCAUCGAAACAACAACAGCAACACCAGAAGGAAAACAACCCAUCAAAACAUCCAAUCUGCUCAGACUCCCAGCCGAACUCCGUCUCAAAAUCUACGAGUUCGCCCUCGACGCCCCCAAUGAAUACAUCGAUAGCCCCCUGAUCGUGGUCAAUGACCGCGGGAACUGCUUCACAGCAAGAGGCCGCUACCGCGCCCUCUCCAUGUGUCCCAGCUGGGCCAACAACGACGGCACAGCCCGCAAACUCCUCUCGCUGAACAGACAGAUCCACGACGAGGCAGAGGACUUCCUCUACUCGCACAACACGCUGUUCUUCACCAACUCUUUCGACCUCGACCGCAUCGGCGACUUCCUCGAUACCAUGAGCGCCACCGCGUGCUCGCGCAUCCGCAGCAUCGGCUUCGAGGUCUUCUUCUUCGUCCACUCGCAAACGGGCGUCCCCAAGCGUUCCCUGAAACAGUAUCAGCAGGCUGGGCGGUUGCUGAUGCAGAAACUGCCCCGUUGGGAGACCAUCGUCUUCUAUCUCGAUCCUAGGUUUUACUUUCCCACCGCUACCGUGGGCGGGAGGGAGCUCUCCGCCCGGGGCGUGUUGUAUCUUGCGACUGUUUUUGGGAAUAUGGGUAAGGAGGUAGUGUUUCAUCCUACGCCUUUUGUGAAUCGGAAUGCGCUUGAUGAGGCGCAGAGGUUGUUAAAGAGGCAGAAGGCUUCUCAGGAUCGGUCUUCUUCUCUUUGA